CUCGAGCCCCCUCUCGCGGCUCGGCGAGCGCGGAGAAGGGAUGGGCCCGGCUGGCGAUGCCGCAAGACCGCAGCGAGGAGUCGGAGCCAGAGAGCGAGGAGGGCAAGUCUGCCAGCAAGGACAAGAAGGCGGACGACUCCAGCGGCGACGCAUCCAGUGACGAACAGAGCGAGCACGAGGAAGAGAAGUGCAGACCGGCCAAGGCCGUGGAGAAGGAUGACUCUUCCAGCGAGUGUGGCACGAGCGACGGCCAGAAUCGAGUCAAGAGCAAGAAAGCAAAGAAACGGAAGGCCACGCAUAAGGAUCGCGAUUCCAGCGGUGGCACAAAUAGCGGGAGCAGCAGUGCGAAGAAAGGUAAGCAAGCGGCAAAGUCGCGGGUCAAAGGAACAGAGAAAAAGACGGAGAAGGAUUGCGCGUCCAGCGACAAAGCGAGUAGCCACAGUCUCAGCGGUGAGGAACAUCGAAAGGCUCGCAAGAAGCGCAAGGCCAAAGAAAACGAAACAGAUUCCAGUGAGGGCGCCACCAGCCCACGACAUGCCAAGGGAAAGGCCAAGAAAGACUCUUCGGACAAGGCUGAGAAGCAGGCCAGGGACAUCAGGAAAGACAAGAACAGAGGCAAGGCGACAGAAAAGAGUAAAUCCACAAAUAAAGACAAGGGCAAGGACAAAAGCAACGAUAAGGAGUCGCAUACUCAGAUAGACAAUGACAAGGGAAAGGUAAAGAACAAGAAAAAUGGUAAGGAUAAGCAUACGGAUAAGGACAAACAGGACCUGGAGAAGGAGAAGGAGAGGGCCCAAAGCAAGGUGGACAAGGCCAAAGACAAAGCGAAAGUGAAGGAUGGCGCCAAGGGAAAGGAGAAGGAAAAGGACAAGGAGAGGGCCAAGGAUAAGAAGGAUUCGCGACUGUUUGCCUGAUGGUGGUCUUGCGAGAAUCGAUCUGGUUUGUACCCUUGGCGUUCAGAAGCAACCUGAGAUCUCGCAUCCAUUGUCAUGGUCCUGCAGUUGGUUUGCAUUGUCGCACUCUUUAUGUGUUUUUCGCUCUCGAUCGGUUGUCUCCAUCCCACGGGUACGGCCAACUCAUACGUGAUCACAAGCAUGUUCAAGUGCAGUUUUCCGUUGAAUGGUGGCACUCGAAUUUUUGACAUACAUGCCAGAGUUCGUGCUGCGACUGGUCCUUCGCUGCAUUGGGCUUCCCUUCGAGAUGGAUAAGCGUUCAGCUUUCUGGAUCAUGCUGCACGGCCUCCUCGGCGUGAAGGCUAUCGGCAUGCAUGCGUGCUUACACCGAUUUAUUAUAUGUGCACGUCCUGGCGUGAACUACAGUUCGCCGUGGGGCAAGGGCAUAUGCAUGUAAGCGUGCGUGCGACAGCACAGCGCGUAUACGUGUACGCAUAGAGUGUCUCAAAACCGCGUCGAGCUGCGGCCCAGUACUGUAUCGAGAUGUCUGCUGCCCAUAUCUUGGGAAGGAGCGCCAUGAGUGUUGUAGAAAGAUGUUUUUCUAGCGCUGCGUAGCUGUAUAGCCUAUAGCGCGAUACGUUGACAUUGUUGCAUGAACAUCUACUGUCUCUGCGCGCGUCUCCUCAACUGACC